AGUAAAGUCAAUAGAGAAGGCGGGAGUCCGUUGAUGAACCCUAAACCCAUUUAUUGUUAGUCUCUGCCUCUUCCGCUCUAUUCCCGGCGGCGUCAACAUGCCCAUGACGAUGAGGUCUCUCCUCCACCUCCACUUCUCUGCUCCUCUUCCUCCAUGCCACCGCCUCCUUCCCAAGCCCUUACUCAUAGUUCCUCCUACCUUCUUUUCCAAAUCACCGACCGGCCUCCCCGCCUUCUCUUCCUCAUCCAUCUUCUCCUUCAGGAGUCACUGUAAAGUUCCCAUCGUCCACGUGGAUUCUCCUGCGCAGCCUCGCGUUGCUUUCGGUGAGAUUCAUGUGAUCACCGGCCCGAUGUUCGCCGGGAAGACCACCGCUCUUCUCCGUCGAGUUCUAGCCGAGAAGAAUACUGGAAGAAAUGUGGCUGUAAUUAAAUCUGACAAAGAUACGAGAUAUGGAUUGGAUUCAAUAGUAACUCAUGAUGGUGCAAAAAUGCCUUGUAUUGCUCUUCCGGAGCUUUCAGUGUUCCGAGAACGACUAGGAGCAGAAGCCUAUAAUAAGCUUGAUGUGAUAGGGAUUGAUGAAGCCCAAUUCUUUGUGGAUCUUUACGAUUUUUGCUGCAAUGCUGCUGAUCGUGAUCAGAAAACAGUUAUUGUUGCCGGCUUGGAUGGUGACUACCUUAGACGGAGAUUUGGUUCGGUGCUUGAUAUCAUUCCGCUAGCAGAUUCAGUCACAAAGCUUACAGCAAGGUGUGAGUUGUGCGGCCAGCGGGCACUCUUCACUCAAAGGAAAACAAGCGAAAAACAAACUGAACUUAUCGGUGGCUCUGAUAUUUACAUGCCUGUCUGUAGACAGCACUAUGUCGACGGACAGGUUGUGAAAGAAGCCACAAGAACUAUUCUGGACAUUGAACACGUCACAGUUUGAGUAGAUGAUUCAUUCUACCUCGAUUCCAUGGAAGCCACAAGCAUUGCAUAGGCCAUCUAACAGCCAGUUUUGUUUUUAAGGCUAUAAACAUUGCCAUCAUUUCGGUAUCUGUUGUAAGUCGACUUACUAAAUCCUAAACCCAAACUAUUCUUGGUUGCAAUGGAUAUUCUUCCAGGGUACAGAAUUGGAAGAUGGAUUUGAUUG